AUGCAUAAACCUUCAGUUGACGGAUUUAACUUUGGAAAGCCCGCCCUCCCUCUUGCCACCUCGACUACUGUACCACAGGCCCCACCUGCCAUUAAUUUUGCUACUUUCGAAUUCAAGAAAAUUGGCCAGCCCCCCUCGUUGCUGCAACGCAUGAAGGAUCCAGGUCCUGGCACCAACAUUUCUAACGAAAGCAACGAAGAAUCUCGUUCUCCUUCACCCGAUUUAGAGGGCGAAUUACUUAUCUCAGACUCGACCGCCGACUCAAAGAACCAGGGACGUUCUUUAUUUGCACGAAUUGCUAUUCCCGAAUCCACAACUGGCGCAAUUGACAAAAUGACUGAUGAUAAGUCUACGUUGACGAGAGAGAAUUCUGACACUACGAUUCAACCCACUCAACCGAACGAUCAAAAUUCGUCUGGGUCGUCAGUUGUCAUUGAGCGUCAUACUGCAAAUGUUGCUCUCAACUCCGACCUCGCCAGAUCCAGUAAGACGCCUCUUUCGUCACACUCUGGUAUCAACACCAUCGCCUCCUUUUCUGGUGCAUCCUCAUCCAAACACCAUGGCCAUAUUCUCCAGCUGUUCAACAUCAGUCAGGGAUCUGAGUUUUCUGCAGCUUCCAUCCCCAGGAAUGGAUCAUCGAACGUGGAUGUGAAUGCAGACGCGUCAUCAACAGUGCAACCUAGUUCCAGAGAAUCUCGGGUUUCUCAGCCUCUAGAUGCAUCGCUGAUAGAUGACACUCCCUCUUCCUCUGCAAGUUCCGGUGUCCCCUUAUUCAGCGAUCUUGUUAACCAAAUGAACAUGACACUUUCCGAUUACCGCCCAAUAAAUCCCGACGUCUUACAGUUGCUAGAUUCCUGCAGAGCUCAAUUCACUGAACUAAGUUCUUCUAUGCAAACGGUUUCGGAAAUAGCACAAAGUUUAGCUAAUGCCACACAGAAUUGUGUGCGACUUCUCCAACCAUUUCACAAUCGAUUGAAUACUCUUUUCAGCGACGUCGAAGGCCUUGAUCGCCACAAAAGGCUAUUCGACAACGUAAAAGUAAUCUCCUCCCAGAUGGACCAGCGAAUCAAGAUCGACGCUCAGACGAGGUGCGAACAGGAGCGACAAAAGAUCCAGAGCGGGACAUCAAAUUCAGCAGGGACAUCAUGCAAUAGUUUCACUGGGCCUCCCAAACCAAAUUUGACAGAUCGCGAGCAGCUAAUCGCCGCUAAUGAGCAACUUGCUGCAAUGGCUGCACGAAAGCAAGCUAUGGAAGAAGAGCAACAAGCAAAUCGACGAGCCAAAGAAGCCGAGAUGGCUGCUGAACUUGCUCGCAUGGAUGCGGAGAAUGCUGCGAAUGCCGAACGUCACCGCGCAGCUUAUGAAACUGCAAAGCGCAAACAGGAAGAGCUUGCCCGAAUGGUGGCUCAAAAAAAGUUCCAUUCUCUGCAGGAGACUCAAACAGCCCCUAAAAACCAAACUGAAGAAAACGAGAAAAGGGAGGCUGAGAGGGCGAGCAAAAAAGCUCUGCUCGAAGAGAAGCUAGCAGCUGAGAGAGAGGAAAGGGAUAGAAGGGUUCGCAUGGAGCAAGAAGAGCGGAAACGAAAAGAGGAAGAGGAGGCAACAAUCGCACGACAACAUGCAGAGACACUCGAAGAAAAAAUCCACCAGGAUGCUUUGAAAGAGCAAGACAAACGACGGCAGCAAGUCUCUGCUCAAAAACAGCUUGCUUUGAAAGAAAACGCGAAAGUGGCUGUUGCACAGAAACGCAAUAAGGCUUCCCAAGACUUAGCAUCUCCAACAAAACACUCAAAUAACGUCGCAGCUUCCCCUUAUGUUUCUCAACUGUCAGUUCCGAGUAAUAAACCUAUUCCAGUGAACGUUAUCCCUCAAACCGCUGCAGCAAACUCUGUGCAAGUCUCUAAAGGCAAUGGAAUGCAAAACUUGCAAUACAGACAGGCUCCAACCACUAUGUCAAGUAAUAUUUCCUCGAAAGGACAACCUGAUGGACCAUCUCAACCUAAUUCCACCUUAAAUAAUCCUCCAAUUGGUACAGGAAUCUAUGUAUCGACAAUUCGGCCGUCGAGUGGUCUCCCUUCUCCUCCCUCCGAAAUGAUACAGCCGCACUCUGCGGCGAUGCAUACCCUCGCCAAGGAUGCGACUGCUGGCGGACAGGGUCAGGUAAAACUUGGGUCUUCUCAGAUUAAACCGCCACUUGUUCACGCAAACUUGCCUGUCAAGCCAUUGAGCUUGCCGUCAGCCAUCGAACAUGCUGAUGUGUCUGUGCACAAACAGGGUUAUUACCAUCCGGGUGGUCUCGUGUCACCCUGUCCGCAGAUCUCACCCAUGUUAGGUGAUGCGCAGAAAGCCAAUUUAGCAAGAUUAAGUGAACAUCAUGGCACAUGCAGUCGUCAACAAGAGGACGAUAAUCAAGAUGUAAAGAAAAUAAAGCCUUUGGCCAAGUCUGAAAGAGGUCAAGUUCCUCAACAGCCUGCUCCUACUUCCGCUGCCUUGCCACCGUCAAUCCAAACCGAUUCUCUGAGUUCGAUCGUGAAGACAGAAAUACCAGAUGACAUCGAAAUACCUCGUUUAUCUAUGCCAUCCUCUCCUUCUACACCUAAGCUCAAUGUCGAGGACAACCUUCCAACUUUUGAAACUACCUCUUCGGGCCCACACGCCUCCCAGCCAGUGUUGCCAUCGCGCUUCCCUCAACUUUCUUCCAAGAUAUCUUCCAACGUGUCGCGUCAAGAUCUCCCAACCGAAGCAUCAACCAAUGCUUCUUCUGAGGCUCAACUUGUACAGAAUCAAACAUUCAAAGCUUCUGCAAUCCCCCAGAUGGCCUCGUCUCAAACGAUACGUCGACCCAUUGGGAAUAAUGAUUUCUUUGACCAACCAAACCAUCGAACGAGAUCAGGAAUAUCUUCAGCCGAAGCUUUGCGUUCUACUCCUGCUGAAGCAAAUUCAUUGGCUGCAAGGCGUCGUGAUACAACGCGUGCACCACAAAAUAUUGAUCAUUAUUCACCCUCUCCUUCACCUCGUCCUAGGACCCCGCCAACGCGACCUCGACAGAUAAACCGCAGAGGUGACCAUUAUUCUCCUCCCAGAUCACCAGAAUUUUUCUCGGGCCCACCUCGUCGGCGUUCGGGUGGUGGAAAUCACUCAAGGGGUGUGUCUCCUGUUGGUCAUGGCGAGAACAUACGCAGUAACAACGGAAUUUCCAUGGCAUCGGAGCCUAACUCUCAAUAUGCAAGAAAAAGGCCGCGCGAUGACCAAGAUCACGGGGGCCCUCCGUUGCGACGCCAGCGUGCAGACAAUGACCGAACUACAGAGCGCUAUGAAAUAGGCGAGCAUUCUUUGGUUUUGCCUCAACAGCCUGAUCCACAAAGAGAAGAAUGGAGUCGCGUUGCUAAUUACACCCCUUCCCCAUCGCCAGAGCCAGCCCUGGAACCAGCCAACUUUAACCACGGUCGAUCAGGUUAUAGAGGAAGUCAAGGGCGUCCUAACGUUGCCCAGCGCCGACAUCCCAAUGAACAUAAUUCAGCACUAACGUCAAACCCCUCAAAUUAUAACAACCAUGAGUACAAUUCAAUCCCAUACCAAAGGCAAAACUACAGGGAGUCCAAUAGCGAUUUCCAGCCGCUUUUGUUGAGCCGGUUCACUGAUCAAGGAAGAACGACUACUCCGCCAUCUGAACCGGCUCAACAUUAUCCAGCUUCGCAGCACAGAGUUGCUCGUGGUCGUUCCACCAGACAUCCGAAUCCUCGCCCCAAUUAUCACCAUUCGUCUCUUGGGCAGCGCAUGAACACGAAUCACAAAAACUCACUGAUCUACCGAAUAGAACAAGCCCCACCAGCUCAAGAAUAA